UCACCGUUCGUGCUGAGGAGGAUGACGAAGAUGCGAACGCCGCUGCCGACGCCGUAGCGGCUGACGCCGCUGCAUCGGAGAUCGUGGCGACGGAGGAAGAGGAGGUGGGGGAGGAGUUGCCGCGUCUUGUCCCGGCCGAUGGAGUCGAAGUCAAAUCCAUUCUUCCAAAAUUCUUCAACAAGGAGCCGGUUAUCCACGCUGGUCAGGAAGCCGAGCUGCUCUUUUCAAUCAGCAACAACGGUCCGAUCCCGGUGUUCAUGGGUAACGUUACUGGUAACAUCUACGUGCCGUUCGACUUCCGAUACGUGGUGCAAAACUUCUCUUCCGACUCGUACAACAUCACCAUCCCUCCGGGUGUGCAGACCUCCUUCUCCUUCCACUUCACGCCAGAGAGGUACCUUCAGCCGCGCGACUUCGGGCUGGCCCUCGCUGCAUUUUACAUCGUGGGCGACUCUCUCCACGCGUCUCUCCUCAUCAACCGCACAGUGGAGGUGCUGGAGCCGGUGGGGUACGUGAGCGGCGAGUCGGUGUUCCUCGUGCUGCUCGCCGCAGGGUUGCUCGCGCUGCUGGGCGUGUGGGCGUACGGGCAGGUCACCAAGAUGAACCAGAAAUCCCGCCGCACUAAGAAGGUUGAGGUGGGCACAGCGGGCGACACUGGUGCCGAGACCAACGAGUGGCUCCAG